AUGUUAUUCUUCUACUGUAUUGUGUAUAAAAUCAAUUUAGCUGUUUCUGUUAACGCGGCUUACAUUAAGAAAGCCUUAUCACAGGAGCUGGGGUGGAAACAUUUCGGAUGUGUAGCACACACAAUAAAUUUGAUAGUGCAAGAAGCGACUGAAAAAUCUGUACCCGUCAAAUCUGUAAUUAAACGUGUAAAGCUUAUCGUCGCUUAUUUCAAGCGAAGCACUAAAGCCGCUCAAAAACUCGAUGAGUUUCAAAAGCAGAAUGCACAGCCCAAACGACUACUUCAAGAAGUCCCGACGAGGUGGAAUUCCACAUAUUACAUGCUCGAACGGAUAAUAGAAAUUCAAGAUGCCGUCAAGUCAUCCAUUGCCAUUUUGGGUGUUACAAGCUUGCCAAAUAUUACGCCGGAAGACUGGUUACUUUGCAACGAAACUUGUAAAGCCCUGAAAUGUUUCGAAGAAGCAUCAAAUUACCUGAGUGGUGAAAAGUAUUUGACGGCCAGUCAACUAUUAAUAAUAAUAAAAGGCAUAAAGAGAGUUCUCGGCGAUAUUUUAAUCUCGGAUUCUUCAGGUUAUCACUAUCUACCAAUAACUUAUCAUUUUGUUCGAGAUUUGUUAGAUUUGACCCAUAGUCGUUCCGAAAAUAUAGGAAAUAGUAACACGAUUGGGGUAGCAACUUUUUUAGAUCCCCGCUUUAAAUUACAGCCCUUUACAUCUGCAAAGCAAGCAACUUUAAGGGAAAGCAUGAUCAAACUUGUCGCCCAAGAAAUAAAUCGAGAAGGACCAUGCGAAAAUAUUGAAUGGUCGUGUGUGACUAUGGAAAAACAAAAUGCUCCCUUGUUUCCCUAUGAAUUUGAAUGUAUAAAACCAGAAGAACAGGAAUACUUGAACAAGAUGUACACAAAUGAUGACUCUAUCGCCAAAUCAAUGCGUGUUGGACCAAAGGGUUACAUAGUAUAUGAACCUUAUAAGAAAGAUGCUGCCAAUAUCUAUAACAUGCUGCUGAGACCAACAGAUAUUUUUGUCACCAGUUAUCAACGAUCUGGAACUACGUUUACUCAAGAACUUGUUUGGCUGUUGGCAAAUAAUUUAGAUUAUACCACUGCAGCAGCUAUCCCACUUACAAAAAGAUAUUCGUUUUUGGAUCAAUUCUGUCUCAUCGACACAAAUAAAAUAGACGCGAUAGUAAAAUGUAUUGAUUCAUUACUAGACAAACAAGAACUCAGAAAAAUAUGUCAAAUGUUUGCCGAACCUGUUUCUGGAAUGCUUGAGAAGAUGCCGGAGUCAACACCUCGCUUUAUCAAGACUCACGUUCCAAUGUCCUUUUUAAAUCCCAAUUUGCUAGAGACUGCUAAGAUGGUAUACAUUGCACGCGACCCAAGGGAUGUGGCUGUGUCAUGUUAUCAUCACGCUAAACUGUUCAAGUUAUAUGAUCUUCCAGUACCAUUCAAAGAGUUUUGGAAUUUAUUCUACAAACAUUUGUAUAUAUUUUGCCCCAUUUUUGAACAUGUUAAAGAGGCUUGGGAAAAACGGAAUCAUCCUAAUAUGCUAUUUUUGUUUUAUGAGGAAUUUUCUAAGGAUUUGCCCGGAUCGAUACAGCGCGUAGCAACUUUUUUGGGUAAACAGCUGAGUCAAGAAGAGUCUGACCGUCUAUGUAAACAUCUCAGUAUCGAAAACUUUAAAAACAACAAGUCAAUUAAUUACGAAGAAUUGAGAGAGUUAGGAUUGCUCGCACCCGAGGAGAGCUUUGUCAGGAAAGGCAAGUCGGGAGGUUGGCGCGACUAUUUUGAUGAGGAAAUGACGCAGCAGGCAGAACAAUGGAUCGCUGAUAACCUGCGGGAUACGGAUCUGCAUUAUCCACAUUCGAGUAACUAA